GGGGCCAUGGCGGGCGCGGCGCGGGGGCUCGGCCGGGCGCUGCUGUGGGCGUCCUUCUCCGUGUGCCUGCUGCCGGACCCUGCCGGCGCCGCUCACAUCAAGAAGGCGGAGGCGGCGGCGGCGGCGGCGGCCGGCGGGGAGCUGCGCUACCUGCACGCGGCCGAGCUGGGCCAGGCGCUGCGGGAGCUGGCGGCCGAGGCCCCCCCGGGGCUGGCCCGGCUCUUCAGCAUCGGCCGCUCGGUGGAAGGGAGGCCGCUGUGGGUGCUGCGCCUGACGGCCGGGCUGCCCGAGGCCCGGCAGGACGAGGAGGAGGAGGAGGAGGAGGAUGAAGCCGGCGGGGAGGCCCUGCCCGGCCGGCCGCAGGUGAAGCUGGUGGGGAACAUGCACGGGGACGAGCCCCUGGCCCGGCCGCUGCUGCUGCGCCUGGCCCGGGAGCUGGUGCGGGGCUGGGCCGGCGGGGACGAGCGGCUCGGCCGCCUGCUCAACACCACCGACGUGUACCUGCUGCCCAGCCUCAACCCCGACGGCUUCGAGCGCGCCCGCGAGGGCGACUGCGGCGGAGGAGGAGGCGGCGAAGGGGCGGCGGGGGCCCGGGAGAACAGCCGCGGCCGGGACCUCAACCGCAGCUUCCCCGAUCAGUUCGGGACCGCCCAGCCCGACCUGGAGCCCGUGCCCGAGGUGCGCGCCCUCAUCGCCUGGAUGCGGCGCAACAAGUUUCUGCUCUCUGGCAAUCUUCACGGCGGCUCGGUGGUUGCGAGCUAUCCCUACGAUGACUCCCCCACGCACAGGCCCACAGGAGUCUACAGUAAAUCAGCUGAUGACGAAGUGUUCAAAUAUUUGGCAAAAGCUUACGCCUCACAUCACCCCAUCAUGAGGACUGGCAAACCAAACUGCCCCGGCGAGGAGGGAGAGACCUUCCAAGACGGCAUCACGAACGGCGCCCAGUGGUACGACGUGGAAGGUGGGAUGCAGGACUACAACUACGUGUGGGCCAACUGCUUCGAGAUCACCUUGGAGCUGUCCUGCUGCAAAUACCCGCCGACCUCCGAGCUUCAGCAGGAGUGGGAAAACAACCGGGAGUCUCUCCUUACUUUCAUUGAGAAGGUCCACAUCGGUGUGAAAGGCUUUGUCAGGGAUGCGAUCACCGGGGCUGGCUUGGAGAACGCGACCAUUGUUGUUGCCGGCAUCGCUCAUAACAUCACGGCGGGCAAAUUUGGUGACUACCACCGACUGCUCGUGCCUGGGACCUACAACGUGACCGCAGUUGUGAUGGGUUACGCACCAGUGACCAAAGAGAACGUUGAGGUGAAGGAGGGAGAUGCAACAGUAGUGGAUUUCUCCUUGCAGCCAACUGUGGUGGCACCAGACCCUAACCUCACGCAGUUCACCGCAACGCCUGCUCCUCUCUCCACCGGCACGCCCUCUGUUGCGCAGGCAGAGCCCCCGGGCACAACCUCUCACCACCAAGCAGUCCAACCCGUGGACUUUCGCCACCAUCACUUCUCGGACAUGGAGAUCUUCCUGCGGCGGUACGCCAACGAGUACCCCAGCAUCACCCGCCUCUACUCUGUGGGCAAGUCGGUGGAGCUGCGGGAGCUCUACGUCAUGGAGAUCUCAGACAACCCCGGCAUCCAUGAAGGAGGUGAGCCAGAGUUCAAGUAUAUUGGUAACAUGCAUGGGAAUGAAGUUGUGGGGCGAGAGCUGCUCCUGAACCUCAUCGAGUACCUCUGCAAGAACUUCGGCACGGAUCCUGAAGUGACUGACUUGGUCCGGAGCACGCGGAUCCACAUCAUGCCGUCCAUGAACCCAGAUGGCUACGAGAAGUCCCAGGAAGGAGACAGAGGAGGCACCGUUGGCAGAAAUAACAGCAACAACUACGACCUGAACCGGAACUUCCCGGAUCAGUUCUUCCAGGUGACAGACCCUCCGCAGCCAGAAACGCUCGCUGUCAUGAGCUGGUUGAAGACUUACCCGUUCGUGCUUUCAGCAAACCUGCAUGGAGGUUCUCUGGUGGUUAAUUACCCCUUUGAUGACGAUGAACAAGGAAUAGCCAUAUACAGUAAAUCCCCAGACGAUGCUGUGUUUCAGCAGCUGGCACUUUCCUACUCCAAGGAAAACAAAAAGAUGUAUCAGGGAAGCCCCUGUAAGGAUAUGUACCCCACAGAGUACUUUCCACAUGGCAUCACAAACGGGGCCCAGUGGUACAACGUUCCAGGUGGGAUGCAGGACUGGAAUUACUUAAAUACAAACUGCUUUGAAGUGACCAUUGAGCUGGGCUGUGUGAAAUACCCAAAAGCAGAGGAGCUGCCGAAGUACUGGGAGCAGAACCGUAGAUCUCUCCUCCAGUUCAUUAAACAGGUUCACCGCGGCAUCUGGGGAUUUGUGCUGGAUGCCACGGACGGAAGGGGCAUUCUCAACGCCACCAUCAGCGUUGCCGACAUCGACCACCCCGUGACCACCUACAAGGACGGAGACUACUGGCGCCUCUUGGUCCAGGGGACGUACAAAGUCACAGCAUCUGCCCGAGGGUACGAUCCAGUCACUAAGACCGUGGAAGUCGACAGCAAAGGUGGGGUGCAGGUCAACUUCACUCUUUCACGGACAGACGCCAAAGCGGAAGAGGGGAAGGUGCCGGUCCUGAACACCCCAGACACCAGCGACCCCAACGAGAAGGAGUUUGAGACUCUGAUCAAAGAUCUGUCUGCUGAAAACGGCCUGGAGCGCCUCCUGCUUGCCUCGUCGGGGAAAGUCUCUCCUUACCGAUACCGCCCCUACAAGGACCUCUCUGAGUUCCUCCGAGGCCUCUAUCUGAACUACCCGCACAUCACAAAUCUCACCAGUCUGGGUCAGAGUGUUGAGUUCCGUCAGAUCUGGUCCCUUGAGAUCUCCAACAAGCCCAACCAGUCCGAGCCUGACGAGCCCAAGAUCCGCUUUGUUGCUGGUAUUCAUGGAAACGCCCCCGUCGGUACGGAGCUGCUCCUGGCACUGGCAGAAUUUCUUUGCAUGAACUACAAGAAGAACACUGCUGUUACAAAGCUGAUUGACCGAACGCGGAUUGUGAUUGUGCCUUCCCUGAAUCCAGAUGGACGUGAGAUAGCGCAGGAGAGAGGCUGCACCUCGAAGAUAGGCCACACGAAUGCUCAUGGCAGAGAUCUGGACACAGACUUCACAAGCAAUUACUCCUGGUACUCAGGGACACGAGAGCCUGAGACCAAAGCCAUCAUAGAGAACUUGAUACUGAAGCAGGAUUUCAGCCUCUCUGUUGCACUGGAUGGUGGAUCUCUGCUUGUCACUUACCCAUUUGAUAAGCCCACGCAGACAGUGGAGAACAAAGAAACACUGAAGCAUUUGGCAUCUGUGUAUGCAAACAACCAUCCAUUGAUGCAUUUGGGCCAGCCAGGCUGUCCAAAUAAGUCAGAUGAGAAUAUUCCUGGGGGUGUGAUCCGUGGCUCUGAAUGGCACAGUCACCUGGGAAGUAUGAAGGAUUUCAGUGUUACGUUUGGUCAUUGUCCUGAGAUCACAGUUUAUACCAGCUGCUGCUACUUCCCCAGCGCAGGGCAGCUCCCUGGCUUGUGGGCAGACCACAGGAAGUCCCUGCUUAGCAUGCUCGUGGAGGUUCACAAGGGAGUCCAUGGAUUUGUCCAGGACAAGAGUGGCAAGGCAAUUUCUAAAGCUACCAUUGUCCUUAAUGAAGGCUUGAGGGUCUAUACUAAAGAAGGUGGCUAUUUCCAUGUGCUCUUGGCUCCUGGUUUGCAUAACAUCAAUGCGAUAGCUGACGGGUACCAACAGAAGCAUAUGAAGGUCUUGGUACGCCACGAUGCACCCAGCUCUGUGUUCAUUGUAUUUGACAUGGAAAACAGGGUAUUUGGUCUGCCUCGGGAGCUGGUCGUAACUGUUGCAGGUGCAAGUAUGUCUGCUCUGGUCCUCACUGCCUGUAUCAUCUGGUGCGUCUGCUCAAUCAAGUCCAACAGACACAAAGACGGCUUCCACCGCCUCCGGCAGCACCACGAUGAUUAUGAGGACGAGAUCCGCAUGAUGUCCACUGGCUCAAAGAAAUCCCUUUUGAGCCACGAAUUCCAGGAUGAAACAGACACUGAAGAAGAAACAUUAUACUCCAGCAAACACUGACACCUCCCAGACAGGAAAGGAGGUUCCCAUGGACCAGCCCCGGUGGGAGGGGGGCGAUGAUCCCUGUGGUUCAGUUUUGAAACAUUAACUUGCAGGAUUGUGUCCUUCAGAAACGUGGGUGGCAGCUCCUGACUUCCCUCUGCUGUUUGCUCUGUUUCUACGUACGUGCAAAUCAGUGGGUGUUAGGGGCUGUGUUUGGGUUAAGGACAAGGCUUAUGAUUUUAGGUCAAGGUUUGGAUGUUUUCACAUCACAUUGUUCGAAAGGUAACUUAACAGGGUGACCAGCAGAGUUCCCAGCACUUCCCCAGCAUCUCAACACAGGGAGCAGAUGGUGGGGAAGUGCCCCAAGACCCGCAUGGGGUCAUAGUUGCAACACUCCAAAGUGGUUUCUCUACCUGUUUUGAUUUCAUUUUUCUUACUCUGUACGUGGUGGAAGCCAGAUCCAUCACUGACUCCAUGUUCUGCAGAGCAGCCCUUGGAAAUAGACUGCACCUGGUUCUCAGCUGCUCCCUUGGAGCUUUUCCCCAUCUUGAGAUGCUGUGGCCUGCUCUUCUCUGCAGUGGUUGUGGAGCUUCUCUAAUGCAUUGCUAGUUCCAAGCAGGGUCUUGGCAUGCUGAAAUCUGGGGGAGAUGACAUCCAUUCUUGAUAUGAACUGGAGAAAGGAGCAAAUGUCAGAGCUUCAGUGAACUCUGACCAAGUUCAACAGCUUGCCAGCUCUGAAGAAUUGCUGUUCCUGACUUCUGGGGAAGAAAUUCUGUCCCUAUCACCCCUGGUUGCUUCUUAUUUGUGUGGACUUGGCUUUUGGAGUCUCAUCUUAGUGUUACAGCAGCACAGUGUCUGAAAGCGCAACUGGAGAUUAUUCUAAGCAAAUGGAUAAAACUGAUUGUGGUGGAUGCUGUAGAAAAUAACUAGUAAUUGACUCCACUUUUGCUCAAGUCCACCUCUAUUCAGGUGGAAACAGUGAAACCUGGCCACUGCUUUGAGCCUUAUUGGAACAGCAGAGAGUGGCCAUAGGGGAGCCUGUGGCCCAGCUUGUCAUUGUCCAGCUAAUACCAUUUAGUGAUCCGAGUGCUUUGAACACCUCUCGUCAAGCUCUGGCAAUGGCAGGCAUCAAAUUAGCCUGCUGGCCUGGCUCUGUUCUGCUGCUCCAGCGUCCCUGAAGUGUGUAGCAAGAGCUCCACCUGCUUGUGUGUCUGCAGUGUCUGCUGCUGCGGGGGCCUGGUGCAAGGCAUGAGGAAGGGCUGAAGAGCAGUGCUGAAGAAGGGAAAAGCAGCCAAAUUCUGUUCUGUAGCACUUGGCAAGAAGGUGGGAAGAGGAGCUGCACUGUGCAUCCUCAAGAUGUGCUGGUUUUGUGGGGAAUAGAAGGGAUGCCCAGAAGGGCAGGAUGCCUGAAACAUGAUUUCCAAAGCCUUUAUCUAUAAGUUUCUGAAGUUCUUGUGCUUUCUGGGCAGAAGUCUGGGGUUAGAAUAUAGGCACUUAUUUUCUUGCUGCUGGUUCUUUUAUUUUUUUUUUUAUUUUUUUCCCUCUGGGGUGCAGGAGCCAAGCACUGCAGCACCGCCUUGGACAUACGCUUUGCCCUGAUUUGAUUCUCUUCUCCAGCAGCCCAGGGAGGUUCAUGAACCUGCACGGGGUGUCUCCGGAAUGUGUUUGCACCCAAACGUAUGACGGGGUCUCCUCUGGAGGAGCAGAGCAGCAGCUUCCCUAUCAGAGGCUGCUGGGCCUUAUCUCGCAAGGACCCCUGGGCGUGGUCAGUUCCCCUCCAGAACCUUGUCUGUGGCCUCGCUGAUCAUCUCGGCAGCUGGCUGCUGGUUUUGUGCAGCUACCUGGAAGGAUGAGGAUAACGCUUGGACGGCAGCAUACCUUCUUCCCUCUUUCAGGGGGUGUUUUGGGGCAAGAAGCAUGUUCUGAGAUCUGUCUGGGGAGGUGGGCUGGGAUGAGGCUGAGCAUUCCCCAUGCUCCUGUCCCACAUCACGGUGCUGUGAAGGAGCCCCUGGCUGUCUGUGUUCUGCUUGGUCCCAUCUCCCAUCGGUCUGGUCCUGGGCUGUGACUUUUCCCCAGGUACUGGGCUGUGGCACACCAGCAGUAAUGCUGCCAAACCUCCACCCUUUUCCUGCUUCUGAGGGCUCUAACAAGAGCCGCAGUUGGGUUUUAUAUUAAAGUUGAUUUUUCAAAUGGCUCUGAGAGCUCUGUUUGGGGCAGCGUUUUCUCCGGCAGCAGGCGAUGGACGGAGCUGGCCUUACAUCGUCCCACUAGCAAUAAGUCUCGUCAGGACUGGGUGUGCGUGAGCUCCCUGGGGAGUGUGGUCGGUGCCUCUUUUAAAGCUGAGUGGGGUUGGGUCGUUUUGUAAAGGGGAGCUUUUCCUAGGCCGUGGGCCCCGCUGGGGUGCGUAGCUCUUGUUGGUGGCGGGGCAGGAGGAGCCCCUGCAGCCUCCCCAUUGCCCUCUGUCCGUCUGUCUGUCCGUCCGAGGGCGAGGAGCUGCUUCCCCACGCGUGUCACCUGUGCCUUCGGUGUUCAUUUGUUUGCACGAGGGCCUCAGCGCGGCCAUUCCCUGGAGCAGAAGCCGCCCUGUGAGGCGAGGCCGCACAGCUGCCUAGAGCAGGGCCUCUUUCUCGUUUAUUUUGUUUUUUUUGUGUGUGGUUUUUUUUAAACCUGUAUACUGAGCUCCAAUAAUCUGUAUAAAACCUAUUUUGACGCCCA